UGCAAAAAUAUUCAAUUUGAUUUUCGUCUUCCUUUCUUUUGUGGUCUAUAUAUAUAUAAAGUUUGCUUCAUCUUCUCUGUUGUUAAGGGUAAGGCGGCUAUGGCAGUGGACGAAGAAUCUCCAUUGAAGCUCUACUCAUUCUGGGCCAGCACUUGUGCCCAACGUGUUCGAAUUGCCCUCAACCUAAAAGGACUAAACUUUCAGUAUAAAGCUGUUGAUAUUUUGAAGGGAGAGCAUUUGGCUCCUGAAUAUCUAAAGCUCAAUCCUGUUGGUUUUGUACCUACUCUUGUGGAUGGAGAUGUUGUUAUUGCUGACUCUUUUGCUAUAAUAAUGUAUUUGGAGGAAAAGUAUCCUGAGCGUCCUUUGCUGCCUACUGAUCUUGUUAAAAGGGCUAUUAAUCACCAGGUUGCAAAUAUUGUUUCUUCAAGCAUACAGCCUCUUCAAAAUUUAAUUGUUGAGAAAUACAUUGAGGAAAAAUGUGGUACUGAGGAGAAACUUUCUUGGGUUCACAUGAUCAUUGGAAAAGGUUUUUUAGCACUAGAAAAGUUGCUAACAGUUGAAGCUGGAAAUUUUGCUACUGGAGACCAAAUUUAUAUGGCAGACUUGUUUUUGGCACCUCAACUUCAUCGGGCCAUUGAAACAUUCAAUCUUGACAUGUCCAAGUUUCCAAUUCUAUCAAGGUUGUACGAAGAAUACAAGAAGAUAGCAGCAUUUCAAGAUGCAGCACCAGAAAACCAACCCGAUGCUCCCUCUCAAAACUGAUUUUUCAUUUUAGGUGUUUUGUUGUUGUUGUUGUAGUUUUCCAAGCUUGAUUAUAGUUUAUUUUUUUUUUAUGAAAUGUGGUGGGUAGUGUGGUUAAUUAAUAGGAAUGUUAUAAAUGAAAUAAGGCAUUGAAGAAUAAGGGUAGUAUUAUUCUUCUUCUAUGUCCAUUUAGGCUGUCAAACCAUCUUCUGUCGCUGCUCAUCUUCUUUUCUUUUCUUUUUUAUCCUUUAUUUUUAUGUAAUUCAAUUUUUUUUUUAUUAUCU